AUGUUUUUUUCUGCAGGAUUCCGAUCGUGUUCUCCCAACCCAUGCAAAAACAACGGACAGUGUGUGUCCAACUCCCGCGGCCAGUCAUACUGCGAAUGUGCUGAAAAAUACGUCGGCGAAUACUGCCAGCACCUGAACCCCUGCCUGACGGGACCGGGCCCUCGGUGCCAAAACGGCGGGUCGUGCCAGGUCGUCUUGACGCCAUCAGGUGCCAAGUUCGAGUGCCACUGCCCUGUGGGCUACAAUGCAUCGCUAUGCGAGAUCGUAGUGCCAAACGUGUGCGACACUCAGCCAUGUAUGAACGGAGCGACGUGUGAACUGAUCACGCUUGAGUCGUACUCGUGUCGGUGUCCCGUCGGGUACCGAGGCGACCGUUGUCAGCUGGCUGACUACUGUGCACGGCAGCCGUGCAAGAACGGAGCUACCUGCUUCUCUGGGGACUCUUCUUACACCUGUACCUGUCCUCCUGGAUUCACAGGCCCCACCUGCAGGACAGACGUGGAUGAGUGCAGCAGGAGACCGUGCCGUUAUGGCCACUGCACCAACACCUUCGGGUCUUAUAAAUGCACAUGCGACGCUGGCUACACGGGAGUCAACUGUGAGAGUUUGUACGUCCCGUGUCGCCCCUCACCGUGUCGCAACGGCGGGAUAUGUACUCCACAUGACCCACUCUCGUACACGUGCUCGUGUCCUAAAGGUUUCGUGGGAGUGAACUGCGAAGAGAACGUCGAUGACUGUCACAACCACCUGUGUCAGAACGGCGCCACGUGCGUCGACGGCGUCAACUCGUACACGUGCUCGUGCCCUCCAUCGUUCACGGGCCGAUACUGCGCUGCUGACGUGGAUGAAUGUCUCGUCAAACCUUCGGUCUGCAAGAAUGGAGCGACGUGCAGCAACAGCCACGGCGGCUUCUCGUGCAUCUGCGUGAACGGCUGGAGUGGCCAGGAUUGUUCCGAGAACAUCGAUGACUGCACGCAGGCCACGUGCUUCAACGGCGCCACGUGCAUUGAUAAAGUCGGCACAUACGUGUGCCAGUGCAUGCCUGGAACUACUGGCUUGCUGUGUCACUUGGAAGACGCGUGUGCCAGCAACCCAUGUCAGGAGGGUGCCAUGUGCGACACAUCACCCAUCGACGGGGGCUACAUCUGCACAUGCCCCACGGGGUACACGGGCACGGACUGCACCGACGACGUGGAUGAGUGUAGCGUGGGGCCAAUCUGUGAACACAACGGAACUUGCGUCAACACCCCUGGGUCAUUCCGGUGUGACUGCUCCAAGGGCUUCUCAGGCCCGCGCUGUGAAAUCAACAUCAACGAAUGCGAGUCGAACCCUUGCCUCAACCAGGGCACCUGUCUGGACGAGCGAGGCGGCUUCCGCUGUGUCUGCAUGCCAGGAUACACGGGAGUGAACUGCGAGGUUGACAUCGACGAGUGCGCCAGCAGCCCCUGCCUCAACCGGGCGCUGUGCGACGACCGCAUCGACGAGUAUCACUGCAAUUGCGUGUCUGGGUUCACGGGGCGUCGUUGUGAGAUCGACAUCGACGAUUGCGUAUCACAGCCUUGCGAAAACGGCGCAACUUGCGCAGAUCGCGUCAACGAUUACGCGUGUCUUUGUCUGCCAGGCUUCACGGGGCGGAACUGUGAGACCAACAUCAACGACUGUCUCUCGUCGCCAUGCCGUCACGGCCAGUGCAGGGAUGGCAAUAAUUCAUACACGUGUGAAUGUCAUCCUGGAUACACGGGUCUCUUGUGCCAGACUGAGAUCGAUGAGUGUGCUAUCAGACCGUGCCAAAACGGAGGCACUUGCAAAAAUCUCGUGAACGGCUAUCAGUGUGAAUGUCCGACGGGUACAGCUGGAGUCAACUGUGAGUACGACAUCAACGAAUGCUUUAGCAACCCAUGUCGCAAUGGCGCCACCUGCGUCAAUGGAAUAAACCAAUAUUCAUGCAAAUGCGCCGCAGGUUUCGCGGGUCUCCAUUGUGAGAUCAACAUUGAUGAAUGCGCCUCCCAGCCAUGCGCGAACGGUGGUGAGUGCGUGGAUUUAGUGAAUGGCUACAGAUGCCUCUGCCCAUCUGGAUACUUCGACGCUCACUGUCUGUCCGACGUCAACGAAUGCGCCAGCAGCCCUUGUCGUAAUGGUGGAACCUGCUACGAUGAUGUCAACCGGUUCAUCUGCAAGUGCCCUGCGGGGUACACCGGCCAUCGUUGCGACAUGGAGAUCGACGAGUGUCAGUCGAACCCAUGCCAACAUGGAGGAACCUGUCGAGAUGCUCUUAACUCCUAUCAAUGCACAUGCCAUCCUGGCUUCAGUGGUCGUAACUGCGAGGCAAACAUCGAUGACUGUCUUAGUAGGCCGUGUUAUAAUGGUGGAACUUGCAUCGAUCUCGUCGACUCCUACAAGUGCGUCUGCGAUUUACCCUAUACGGGGCACGACUGUGAGGUGCGCAUGGACCCUUGUUCCCCCAACAGGUGUCGGCACGGGGCCAAAUGCAAUGCUAUUGCUAAUUACGUCGACUUCUUCUGCGACUGCAAGCUUGGAUAUACCGGCCGCCUUUGUGAUGAAGACAUUAACGAGUGCACAUACUCCCCGUCGCCCUGCAAGAACGGCGCAACGUGCCACAACACAAACGGCUCGUAUACGUGCGAGUGCGCCUUGGGAUACGAGGGCCGUGAGUGCACCGUGAACACCAACGAUUGUGCCGGUAGACCGUGCCUUAAUGGCGGCACGUGCCUGGAUGGGUUAGGGCACUACACGUGUCUCUGUGUGGAUGGGUUCGGAGGUGUCAACUGUCAGCACGACUUGGACGAGUGCGCCUCGAACCCGUGUCAGAACGGUGCCACGUGCCACGAUUACGUGAACUCCUUCACGUGCCAGUGCCCACUGGGUUUCUCCGGAACCAACUGUGAAGUCAACGAUGAAGAUUGCACCAAAUCAUCUUGCAUGAAUAAUGGCACCUGCAAAGACGGCAUCAAUAAUUACAAGUGCGAAUGUUUGCCAGGCUUUACGGGUUCUCACUGUCAGAAUCACGUCAACGAGUGCGAUUCAAAUCCUUGCGAGAACAAUGGACGUUGCAUUGACCAGGUUGGAUUUUAUACUUGCCACUGUCCUUACGGUUACACUGGAAGAAACUGUCAAACGUACGUGGACUGGUGCGCUACUCAUCCCUGCGAAAACGGAGGUAAAUGUGUUCAGAAACGCAACACUUUCAAGUGCGAGUGUCCGCCGAAAUGGACGGGCGUUUUGUGCGACGUCGCUACGGUGUCGUGCGCGGUAGCUGCAGCCAACAACAAUGUCCCUGUGAGUCAAGUGUGUCACAACGGAGGCAGAUGUUAUGACAAGGACAACUCGCACGAGUGUCGAUGUCUCCCUGGAUACGAAGGCUCUUAUUGCCAGCAUGAAAUAAACGAGUGCGACUCGCACCCUUGUAAAAAUGGCGCCACGUGUAAUGAUCACGUUGGUUCUUACACGUGUACAUGCCGGCCAGGCUUCCAAGGCUUCGAUUGUGAGUACAAUAUCGAUGACUGCACUCGUAAUCCGUGUCGCAAUGGUGGAGUGUGUCAUGACCUCGUGAACGACGUGCAGUGCUCGUGCCCGCACGGAACUGUGGGUAAGAUGUGCGAGAUCAACCCUAACGAUUGCUACGAAGGAGCAUGUCACAACGGCGGCACUUGCGUGGAUAAGGUCGGCGGUAUUGAGUGUCGCUGUCGCCCUGGCUUUGUCGGAGCGCAAUGUGAGGGAGACGUCAACGAAUGCUUGUCCAAUCCUUGCAACAAGGAAGGAACAUCAGACUGCAUUCAAUUAAUUAAUGACUAUAGAUGCACCUGCAAGCCGGGCUACAUGGGCAGACAUUGUGACUCAAAAAUUGCAUUCGACGUCUGUAGCAGUUCUCCUUGUCGCAAUGGAGGAAUCUGUGACUAUUCUAAAAACAACAAAGAAAGCUGCGUCUGCGCACCUGGAUAUUCCGGCAAGUACUGCGAGUUUCCGGUCGAUGCUUGCAGUAAUAAUACAUGCAAACCUGGAGAAAUUUGUCGUCCAUACCAAGGAGGCUAUCAGUGCGGAGGCCCUCGAUCCGCCCCUAAUUUCUGUGCCAACAACCCAUGUCUCAACGGCGGAACGUGUGAAAUAUUUGCUAACAGUUAUCAUUGCUACUGUCGUGAUGGCUACUCUGGUAAAAACUGUCAGUCCAAAGAAAGAGAAGCAUUGCAGACUCGGUGUGCAGAAAACAAUUGCGAAGCUAAGAAAAGCAACAAGAUUUGUGACCCAGAGUGCAACUACAUUGAGUGCAAUUUCGACGGUUACGAGUGCUCUAUGGGACGCAAUCCUUGGGCAAACUGCGAUGCCAGUAUCAACUGUUGGGAGGUGUUUGCCAACGGUCACUGUAACGAAGAGUGUAACAACGCAAACUGCCUCUACGAUGGUUUAGACUGUCGUCAAAUGACAAAAGGAACCUGCAACGACAUUUACGACGCUUAUUGCUCCAAGAAUUACGCCAACGGAUUCUGCGAUCAGGGAUGCAACAGCUUCGAGUGCAAUUGGGACGGACUUGACUGCGAUCAAAGUCCUCCCAAGAUUCUUGAAGGAUCAUUGGAACUCCAAGUGAAUAUGUCACCGUUCGAAUUGAGGAAGCACAAGAAGCAGUUCUUGCGGCAUCUAAGCAACUUAUUGGAUUCUCACGUCAUCCUACGUCAUGAGGCUGCCGGUGAUGAAAUGAUUUAUCCCUAUCAAAAAGAUGAUGUGACCGGUACCAUCGUGUUUCUUGAAGUGGACAUAAGGAAGUGUGACCAGACGGGCACUUGUUAUGAAAAUAUAGCAAAUGUGGCAAAUCACCUCGCGGCCGUUGCUGAUAGUACUUUCCCUAUUGUCUCCGUCAUUGAUCAACCUGAACCUUCCCCUAACAGCUACACCUACGUUAUCGUUGGAAUUGUCGGCGUGGCCAUAAUUGCUGGAAUUCUAUUCAUGAUCAUCACUUCCAACAAUCGCAAACGAGCCCGAGGAGUCACGUGGUUCCCCGAAGGUUUCUUCACGAAGUACUCGGCCAGUCCUCCUAUCUCUGAGCCGCCCCAUCUGAAGAGUAAUGUCGAUGUAGGCCAAGAAAUGCACAACUUUGGUCAGCUUCCUAACCAUCUUCCCGAAUUAGACAUCACAACCGACAGUUGCGGGGACAUCGCCUUGCCUUGCGAUUUCAAGGACUGGAGUGACGACGACAGCGAUUUGCCACCAACGAAGCGCUCGAGAAAAGAUGGAUCGUCUGCUGAGGUACCUGGAGUUCGAUCAGAAUACGACGACAAUGAUCCUCGUCAGUGGACUAAACAACACCUGGAUGCUGCGGACAUCAAACAUCCUGACGGCAUCGAACUAACUCCGCCCCAACUGGAGCAAGAAGUUCCCACGACCGCCUCCAACGGGGUGGACCCGAAGGGACCAAUGGGUCUCACCCCACUCAUGAUUGCGUCAUUCAGAGGUGGUGGCAUGGAAGGUUACACCAUCAAAGAGGAUGAGGACAGCUCGGCCGCUGUCAUCCAGGAGCUUAUUGAACAAGGGGCCAAGCUGAACGCAACCAUGGACCGCACCGGGGAAACAUCCCUGCAUUUGGCAGCCAGAUACGCUCGUGCAGACGCGGCCAAAAAGUUACUCGAUGCCAAAGCCGAUGUUAACGCGCAAGACGCCACGGGGCGCACACCCUUGCACGCUGCUGUGGCUGCUGACGCUCGGGGUGUCUUCCAGAUUCUCCUUCGUAACCGCGACACGAAACUCGACAUGAAAACCAAUGACGGAACCACUCCCCUGAUCCUGGCGUGUCGGCUGGCCAUCGAAGGCAUGGUCGAGGACCUCAUCAACGCUGAGGCGGACAUCAACGCCACCGACGACGGCGGCAAGACGGCGCUGCACUGGGCCGCUUCUGUCAACAACAUCGAGGCCGUCCAAAUUCUUCUCAAACAUGGGGCCAAUAUUGACAUCCAAGACAAUAAAGACGAAACUCCUCUAUUUCUGGCGGCUCGAGAAGGCAGUUACAACGCAUGCCGCUUACUCUUGGACCAUUUCGCAAAUCGUGACAUCACAGACAACAUGGAGCGUCUACCGGAAGACAUGGCGGUGGAACGCUACCACCACGACAUCGUCAAACUAUUGAGAGAUCACCACCCUCGUUCCCCUCAACUGCAGCCCCUCUCACACGCCCCUCCUAAUCUAUCUCAGCAUCACUUGGGGGGGCAGCAUCCUGCAGUUGCAGCCCAGAGUAUACCUCACCGGUCCAACACCGCACCACGUAGUAAAGCAAAGCGACCGAAGUCACAAAUAAUGGCGCCUCCUAUUAAUCCUAACGAUUUGAUUCCCGAUAACAAUGCAAGUGUCAAACGAAGUAGCAGCGUCAAGAAGAAGAGGGAUCCUCCGCCUCCUCCUGUCUCCUCUGAGAUGCCGCCCAACUCUCUGGACGGUCACCGUAUGAUGUUCAAAACGGAGAUGAGUCCAGAAUUUUCUGGUCCUUUGAGCAUGCCUCAGUUUAGCGAGCUCUCGUUGAAACAGUCGAACCCUGGCUUCCACGACUGCCUAACUUCAGUUACGUCAUCCGGGAACAUGCAUCAGCAACAGCAGCAGCACCAGACCCUUGAUAGUAGUGAUCCUUUUAACUUUGUUCAACUUCUCAACAGUGGCGGCACUCCUCCCGCAUCCCUUGCUCCGCAGCCCGUCGUUCAUCAGAGACAGCAGUCAAUGCCCGCGGCCUUCCCCCCUGUCACUAGUCAGAGCUACAAUCCCCAGCAGCAGCUGCAUCACACCCACGCGUCCCCACCACCUCCCAGAGGUGCACAUUCAGCGCAUACCUCCCCACAGUCUCAGUCUAUACCUCAUUACUCGAUGCAUUUACAAAAUCCUAGCCAUCCUACGUCACCUAAUAAACUUAGACCUCCUCUGCCGACUUCACCCACACACUUAGCUGUUCUUAGGUUAGCCACUGCGUCGUCAGGGUAUGAUUUUCCAUCUACGUCUUCUGCUCAAAACCUACAAUCAGACGAGCGACAGCAACAACAGCAGCUUGUUAUGGCGCAACAAAGGCACAACGGCCAGCAGCAGCCGCAACCAAACGCUAGCUUUUAUCCCCACUACCCGACGCCUCCAUCACAUCACUCAGGGGUUGAGGGCACCCCCCAGCAUCCUCCCAAUACCUCGAGCCACGAUAGCUUUCCCACGCCUUCCCCCGAGUCCCCUGGUCAGUGGUCCAACUCCCCGCACAGUCAGGGGGACUGGGCGGAAAGCGUUAGAUCGCCUUCUGUGAGUCUGCUUGCAAUGGCUGGGCCAGGCCAGCAGCACGUUUAUCAAGUAAAUACUGUCAUGCAUCCACGACAGACCAUUGGGCUUCCUCCCCAACCGCCUGGUAUUCCUCCGCCUUCGUCACAGGCAACGCAAAGCUCUAUUUAUAUCUGAAGAAUAUUAUGCGCUAGCCUUUAAGGUCUUUUUUAUGCUCUGCGCCGCCUUUGGUCGUGGCUGAGCACACAAUAGCCAUCUUGUACAUCACAUUGAAACAAGAGUGUACAGACUUAGUGUAAGACAUCACAUCCCGGCCGUACUUCCCUCCUAGUGUCAAACCCUUUAUAAAAUCACCAAUAUGGUAACAUUUUAUACGAAAAAAAAAACAUUUUUACUGGCUCAACUGUCGAAAAGCUUGAAUCGUUCAGUAUUUUCCAAAGCAUUAGCUACAGUGGACAGUUUCAUGCCUGACAAUAGGCUUAUGAACCUCCUAAGAAUGAAUUGGAGCCUCGGAGAUGCUUCCAAACGGCUCGUUAUAAUCGUUUGUAUUAAGUAAAUAUCUUCCUACCCCGUCUAUUUCCAUGACAUGAUAAAUGUGUUCCAAGUACCUUCAUUUGUAUUAUAAAAGUUAUUGUUUAUGAUUUACGAUCUCUUUUAUAAUUAGUUUUAGAAUACUCAAUUUAAUUUAAGCAUCUCACCUGAGUGGUAUUUUCCAUCUAAAGUAGAAUUAUUACAAUUAUAUAUGGUUGACCAUUACUUAGGCAGCGGCCAAAUCUUGUACAGGCUCAGUGAAACUUUAACCUGACUUCUUCGCCAUUUGGUGUUCGUAGAAUCUUUAAUUAUCAUGAAAUUUUUCAGAGAAUUUAUUGUUAAAUAAUAACUUUUUAUUCACUUGUAGUUCCUCAACAAUUGGUAUCACUUCAUAAGCUGCGUCGCACUAGCAGAGCAUUUCAUUAAAGAAAUUUUCUGUUCAAAAUUACUCGUAUACAUUAAGUUAGUUACGAUAUAUUUACAAAUUCUUGAAUUAUCCAGCUUGUGUGAUCGUGAACAACUGAAUUUAAAUUGACACUAAACUGUACCUUCUGUCGUAACUGGUCUAAUACAAUUGACUGCACAUGGAACUAAAAAGAAGAUAUACAAUUAAUUACAUGGGAUCAGUUGCCAUGCAUUAGUUUUCUAUGAUAUUUGGAGAUCUCAGUGCAUUCCGUGAAAGAUUCAUAAUCCUUGUAAUUAUUAAUUGUAGGCAAUGUCAGGACAGUAUCCUUUGGACGAAUGAUUAUUAAACCUUGCCUAGAGCUCAUCGCAAAAUCGUCUUGAAGUUACAACUCCGAAUUCUAUGUGUCGUCAGUUUCCCUAAGUUAAGAAUCUCUUGCACCGAUUGAACUUUUAAAUUCACUUUAAAUUUUAUUAAAAUGUUUUAGCGGUGAGUAGAAAACUUGGAAAUGGAAAAUAACUUCUAAACUCCGCGUUCAAGUUGAAGGUGCAAUCAAUUUCUUGCUAAUAAUCUUACAAUACUCGUACAAUUCGUCAUGACAAUAUCGCUGGAUAAUUUAUUGUAUACAAUUUGUAUCAUAUCUGUUGAGAUAUUUUAGAUAGGUGAUUCGAAUCGAAUGUUUUUCUCUAACAAAAUGUGAUGGCAUAAUGAUCGUUCAAAAAUCAUGUUCAAGCGCGUGUUAUUUUUAUUCUAUGUUCUGGCAGAUAAAUCUUUACACAUACUCUUUCAAAUUUUAAACCAGAAAAUUCCUUUUCAAUUACCAUGCCCUCAAGUAUGUGGAUCGCAAGAAAGAAUGGGUUUGUCACAUUAUUUUUGUACUUUAGCACCUUUUAUAAGUUUCUAAACAAAGGAUAUAAAUGUUGUUCUGUUGGAGCUACCUGAGUAAACUCCUUCCGAAGUA